UAUUUUUGCAAAAAAUUUGGUCAGUUUGAUGUUUCUUCUUUACAUGCAGCAUCUUUUUGUUUAUCUAUCCUUCUGGGUUUUUUUUUUUUUUAAAUGUUUCCUAUUCAAUUUGUUUUGUUUUUCUUUAUGUUUUUCAAAAUUUUGUCAGUUUUUUUUUGUGAUGCAUUUAAAGAGAUCUUUAAUGGGUUGUUUUGUCCACUUCUUGUCUUCCCAUUAGUAGUAAUAGAACAAAAGAUCUUUAUACCAAAACAGGAUUUUUCUCUACUAUGCAACUGAAUUUCAUCCCAUUAUUCAUCACUGAAAUAAUCGGAUGCUGAUAAGCAGUAAUUUGCAAUACUUGUCGGUUGCCUGAGAAAGGAUGCCAAACCAGCUAUGGUUUGCACUAGUAAUGAUUUAUCAGCAUGGAAGGAUUUUCCAAAGGGCCUCAGGGUCCUUCUUCUCGAUGAUGACAGCAAUUCUGCUGCCGAGAUAAAAUCAAAGCUUGAAGCUAUGGACUAUAUUGUUUAUACAUUCUGCAAUGAACAUGAAGCUCUUUCGGCAGUUUCAAGUCGACCUGAAAACUUCCAUGUAGCCAUUGUAGAGGUCAGUACAAACAAUAACAAUGGGACUUUCAAGUUUCUUGAAACUGCUAAGGACUUACCUACCAUUAUGACUUCAAACAUUCAUUGUAUCAGCACCAUGAUGAAAUGCAUAGCGUUUGGUGCCGUUGAGUUUCUUAGGAAACCACUCUGUGAGGAUAAACUAAGGAAUAUAUGGCAGCACGUGGUGCAUAAGGCAUUCAAUGCAGGGGGGAAUGACCUUUCUGAAUCACUAAAGCCUAUUAAAGAAUCUGUGGUUUCUAUGCUACAUCUACAAUUGGAAAAUGGAAAAUCUAAGAAUGAAGACUCAGACAAAACAGAAGAUGUACCUGUGAUUCACGGAAAUGACCGUGAACCAUCACCAGGAAGUGAUAAGUACCCAGCUCCUUCAACACCACAAUUAGAACAGGGAGCAAGAUUGUUAGACGAUGUAGAUUGCCAAGAUCAUACUAACUGCUCCACAGAAAAAGAGAGUGGGGAGCAUGAUGGAGAAUCCAAAUCUGUCGAAACUACCAGUGGCAAUACAAUUGCUGAAGUAACUGCACCAGUUGGCCAAUCUCAUGGACCAACGGAGACCAUGGUAAAAGAGGAGGCUGACUUAUUUGAUGGUAUCAAGGGUGAAAGUACCAUGUACUCUCAUCCACAAAACAGAGAAAAUAGCGAAGGUUCCCAUACUGGUGCUGAAAAGCCAAGUACAGUUUCUGGUCUUCAUAGUUCAUAUCUGAAUAAAGUUAAUCGAAAAAGACUGAAGGUCGACUGGACACCUGAACUGCAUAAGAAAUUUGUCCAGGCAGUGGACCAACUAGGUAUAGAUCAAGCCAUCCCUUCUCGAAUACUAGAGCUGAUGAAAGUAGAAGGCUUGACAAGGCAUAAUGUGGCAAGCCAUCUCCAGAAAUAUCGAAUGCAUAGGAGACACAUUUUGCCCAAGGAGGAUGGUCGAAGAUGGCCACAAAGAGAUCAAACGCAAAGGAGUUGUUAUCCACACAAACCGAUCAUGGCCUUCCCUCCAUAUCACUCUAAUCAUGUUGUUCCGAUUGGUCCAGUCUAUCCCAUGUGGGGAGCACCUCCUCAUCCAGCCAGCAUCCAGAUGUGGGGAUCGCAAGGUUACCCCCCAUGGCAACCAGCUGAAAGUUGGCAUUUGAAGCCCUAUCCAGGGGUGCAUGCUGAUGCAUGGGGUUGCCCUGUUAUGCCCCCACCUCAAGGAUAUUGCUGUACAUUCACUCAAAAUGCAUCUGGAUUUCAUUAUUCUAGCACCAUGGAUAACAGAAGUGGCAUGCCUCAAAAUUCUGUUGAACAUCAGCCGGCAGAGGAGGUAAUUGACAAGGUUGUCAAAGAAGCAAUAAACAAGCCAUGGCUACCUUUGCCCUUAGGCCUUAAGCCUCCUGCGACUGAUAGUGUGCUAGCUGAGCUCUCUAGACAAGGCAUCUCCACCAUCCCUACUCACAUCAGUGGCUCUAAUUCCUGCUGACGUGGACUAGAUCAUCCGGUCCCACCCUCAUGCUUCCAGAUUUUUUCCAGAUUUUUUUAAUCUUGCUCCGACCAGACCCAACUUUGCGGCACUUCC